AUCCAAUAUGGUGCGUAUCACAUAAUUCAUAGUGAAGGGUUCAUGGAUCAAAGAUGUCAGUAGGCAGCAGUAAAUCACCUCAAAGACCAUCUAUCCACAGUCGUUAUGGAGUAAAUAGCAAUGGAUGUUGGACGGAUAUACUAUGUUUAAAGACGACCCACUGCUUAAGCAUUGUAAACAAUGGAUGGAUCUUAGAAUCGAUGGAUUGUAGUAGACAACAUGAGACAGUAUCGACUCAGUAAAAACUCAAUCCAUCACUAUUUACAUGGAUGGACGAUAAACUCUUACAAUAUUACAGAUUCUGUGCUAAAAAGGACGUUGCCGGUAAGCCUAGCUCCAGCUCUGGUGGAAAGAAGGCCAAGAAGAAGUGGUCCGCUAAGAAGGUUAAGGACAAGGCCAACAACAUCGUUAUGCUCGAUAAGCCCACUUACGAACGUAUGAUGAAGGAAGUUCCCACCUACAAGCUUAUCUCUCAAUCUGUUUUGGUUGAUCGUCUUAAGUUGAACGGUUCUUUGGCCCGUCUUGCUAUUCGUGAACUUGAAUCCCAAGGUUUGAUCAAGCCUGUUUCUCGCCACCACGCUCAAAUUAUCUACACUCGUGCUACUGGUGAUGAAAAGAAGCCUGCUGCCAACGAUGAGGAAUAAAUUAUUUCAAACUGUAAAUUCUCAUUCCAAUAAAUCAAAACUUUGAAAGAUAUCUUUGUACAUAUUAUAUGGUUGAUUAUGGUCUCGUUUAUCAUAAAUGAACGCGAUUUUGCUUUGUCAAAGUAAACCUUGUAUUUUCCAAAUUAUUUGUCGUUAAUUUGUGUGGACAUCAUAUUGUCAUGGAUGAUGAUAGGCAAAGACUGCUAUCAUCGUUGGAAUGAAUUUAGUGAUUGUUUUCAGCGUUGCCGUUUAGUAAAU